UGAUAUUAUUAUUGUUAUUGUAGAUUCCAUUCAUUCAUUGUUGCAUUUUAUUCGUGUAUUUGUAUUUGUACUAUCGCUUUCUUUGUCCCUGUUACUGGCUCCGGAGCGGCUUUUAGCCAGCGCAUCCACCGAGGCACAACGUAGCCACAUCUACCAAAACCUCAUACCUUGUGCAGCAACUAUAAACUACUAUACAAAUUUAUGCAGAGAGCGGACGGCAGUUCAUAAUGGACUGAGGGCAUACAGAGACAGAUAACUUGCAUUUUUAAUUGGAUAUUAAUUUGGCAAGGCUUCAAACAGGAAACACAGCAACACCGAAGCUAUGGAUGGGCUUUUUACGCUCGUGUGUCUAAGUCUCCUGAUGGGAGCAGCGUGAGUCCUGAUAUUGCCCCUUGAGUGGACCACAAGAUCAUAGACUGAUGUUUUGACGGUGCCGGGAUAGGUCGUUUAUCGUUGGAUCGCUGCCAUUGACCUUUUCUUUAUCCUCGUCUCAGCUCCGGCUCAUGUCUGUGCUUGGAAUGGGCCUGUUAGUCGGGACGUCUUUGAUUGUGAUUAUCCCCGAAGGAGUCGAGACGUUAUAUAGCUCUCGUGUGAACCCGAGUCAGCAGGGACCUGAAUCUGGGCACCGAAGGAGGGAUGUGUUAGAACAUGGCGUUGAGGUUCGAUGGAACUACAGGGCGGAAGUAGUACCUGUUCCUCGAUCUAUAAACGGACACCGUAUUGAGGAUGAGGCGAAUUGGCGUUUGUCUGGACGGGAGGAGGCGGCUCCUGAAGCGGACAAACCACAGCCUGACGCUCCUGUGGAUGGAGAUGGUAGUGGCGGCAAGAGGAAGAAGGAGGGUAAGGCGGAUGACGGGGACAAGAAUAAGCCGGAUGGACAUCAUGAUGACGACAAGCAUGAGCAUGGCCAUAAGCACGAACAUGAAGAUAGUGGACCACAUGCUUGGAUUGGUGUCGGGCUCAUUAGUGGAUUUAUACUAAUGUAUUUGGUUGACAAGUUGCCGCAAUAUGCGUCUUCGUCUUCCAAGCAGCAACAGAGACCAUACCAUAUCUCCUUGGAUAACCUGGGAACGGGCAUAGGUCGAGGCAUAUCGCCUGCACGAACGAGUGGCGGCGGCUCACGAUCCGGCAGCAGCAGUGCGGGCAUGGCUACGACGGCUGGAUUGGUGAUACAUGCGGCGGCAGACGGCAUUGCACUAGGAGCGUCCACGUCCAACAUGAGCCUGAGUCUGAUCAUUUUCGUGGCGAUUAUGGUACAUAAGGCGCCCGCAUCCUUUGGCCUGACUUCAGUCUUGCUCAAGCAGGGUCAUACAACCAAGAGCGCCAGGGCACAUCUGCUGGUGUUCAGUCUUGCUGCGCCGGUGGGAGCGCUGUUGACGUGGGUUGUUGCACAUACCAUACUUGCAGGCCACGCCAGUGACGAGCAGAGCACCCGGUGGAGGACAGGAAUGCUCUUGUUGUUCUCUGCCGGAACAUUCUUGUAUGUUGCCAUGCAUACGAUGCAGGAGAAUCCCCUCGAGCCAGCCCGUCGAGAAUCUCAUGCAAACGGCUAUGUCGAUGGGCGGGACCCACCGCAACGGCCUAAGCAGUCGAUGAGAGACCUCGUUGCGUCUGUCGUUGGGAUGGUGCUGCCGCUGUUCCUGCAAGUCGGCCAUGCCCAUUGACCCCUGACCUGUAUAUUUUUCUAUCACCAACCUAUCUCCAACGUCACAACGUCUAUCAGCACCUAUCAGCAUCUAGACUACAGCUUCUACAUCUACUCAACUGGAUAUACUUUCUCACGACGAAUGACACUCAUAGAAGAACAGAAACUACGGAGUACAUUAUCAACCGCAACUACUUUGCUUCUUGUAUAUACAUUAUAAAACAACCGCCCAUGUGACGAGAUUAUUUCAUCCAGGCCAGCUGAUCGAUCGGCUGAAAGGUCUUCGCUUCCUCCGGGGAAACGAGAG